GGUGUUAUAUGUUAAAGGGUUAAAGUUGGUGCCAUAACAUCCCCAAUCGUCCAGCCCAAUGUACCAUUUUUCACUACGAGAGAGGUCUGGGGCGAGAUUACAUUAGCAACCAAGCCAAACAUGGCGGACGAACUCGUGGUAAAGUGAAGCAUGAUUGUUGACGGUGAUGCCUCUUAAUGUCUGGGAAUGAAUCUUCUUCGAUCAGUAGAGAAUGUUGUGAAUAUGAAUCGAUUAGCCUCCUGCUUUGUUACUUAUUCCGCUGUUUGUCGCCGGUGUAAAGUUAGCUGUCCCAUCUCGCGUGCGUUCUCAAUAUCGUUCCGAAGCAGUGCCUCUACGACUUCUGUUACAAAUGCAGCAGAAAAGAAGGAAAAGAAUGAUCCGCAGUCUAUUCUCAAAACUAAAACGAUAGGCACUAUCGAGGUGGAUCUACCCGAAGCCAGAAAGCAGGUAAUUUUGAAGGAGUUAAAUAGUAGAAGUUUAGAAGAGCUCUCAAACACCAAAGGCAUAGGAAAAGUUAAAGCAGUUUCCAUUUUAGACUACCGUGACAACUUUGGACCAUUUCAAAGUGUAGAGGAUCUUUUUCAAAUAAAAGGUUUUGGUUCUGCAUUCUUUAAAAAUCUUCAAGAGGCUGGUGGAUUAGCAGCUGUUAAGAGAAAGACUUCUAAAGGACUGGAGACCAUCUGGGAGCAGUUAGCACAGAAUAAAAAAGAUGUGAUAUCAGAAAUUGUGUCAAUAGAUAUUGGAUUUCAGAAUGCUGCUUGGGUCCGUAUGGACAAAGAUAAGAAGGUAUUGGGUUGGUCCCGAGCUGAAAUUAUAAAACCCAAGCCUUACAACCCGGCUGUCUUCCGACCUUUGGUUCAACAGUUUGUUAACAGAGUACCUAAAACAGACAUCUAUGUGGUGGAGAUGCAAAGCCAUCGGAUCGGGAAACAAACCGCCGCCCUUCUCCCUUUUGCGGUGCACCUUCGCGUGUUUGAAGCCAUGUUGACCUGUUUGUUGCCUGGAUUAGUAAUACCCUUUGACCCGUUGUACACCUCGAAACAUUUUUGUCUUCCUGUGGGUAGAACCAAGAAGAGAGCAGCUGUGAAUUUGGUGGAGAGCUUGUUUCAGGACAGAAAAAAUGAAGAACCGUUCGAGUCUCAAUGUGAGCAGUUUCUUAAAGAACAACAAGGGAUGGAGGGCAGUGAGGAUUUUGUCGAAUCGUUCAUCGAUGAUCAGAUGAGUGGAUUUCCUGGAAAUAGUAACAAACCUCUGCUACAGGUAUCGCCACAAUUUGUGAACUAUUUCAAAUCGUGUGACAAGAAGGACGAUUUGAGCGACUGUCUGCUACAAGCGUUGGCUUUUUAUGACCUGGUGGUAGAAAAUAGGAAACAGUCUCGGAUGUGAUACUGCGAUAUCCUCGUCGUAAAAUUUGAUUUUUUUUUCCCUCAGCUUGUCUCGCUUCUUCUUUUACUCUCAGUAGCGACCAAUAUACAAGUGAAUUAUUUCAAAGGGUGCAGUGAGUCUUCAUAUCUGGAAAACGGGUUGAACACUAAUUGAAUACGGUGAAUUAUGCCACAGUACUCGUUGCAGCGUUGCAGGCGGAAAUAAUUAUACUCGGACGCUUUCAAACGAGAGAGAAAGAAUUGCUUUUCUCUUGGGUAAUGCGCACUGCAUAAACAUUUGCGCAACUUGAUUAAAAUUGAAGGUUUUAAAUAUUCGAUGGAGUGGUGUAUUGAGUCUGAAUUAAACUCGAGUAUGUAUCUCAUGGAAUCAAAAUUGUGAACAGUGACAAUAUUUGAGCUUCUUUCUAGAUGUACUGUGCCUUUUUAGGUGAAAAAAACUACCAGCGGCUUGCAGAGGACUUUUUUUUUCUUACACAUGCAGUGACAUCUAAGGCCAGUAACUAACGGCUUGAUGAAAUCACCUGCACUUAGCUAAAUUACAGGGCCCAGUUGUAUAAAGGGCGCCGGGACGAUGCUAUCCAACGGAUAAAUCACUAUCCGGCGUAUAACUAAUAGCAAAACGUUUAGCGUUGUCCACCGGAUAGAGUUUUUUGAAGUGGAUAGCAUUAUCCAACCUUCGAACAACCGGGGCCAGAUUAUUACAGUGGCUAAAAGCUUUUUGAACUGUAUUGAAUUAAAUUGCAGGCCAUAGUUUUGGCAUAAAAUAUCACACCACCUACACUUUAUUGUUAACACAAUUUCGCGUUGACUUUAAUAAGGGGACGAAAAAGGGAAAGACAGCCUUUUAUUUCGGUAGUCAUUUCUAAACAAUUAAUUUAAAAACGGUUGAACAGUUGUCCAAGAUAUUUAAGCUUUAUCACUCAAGAACGAAAGUUUAUCUUUAAAUUGGCACUCUUGAUCCCCGCGGUAUCAACAAACACUUUCCAUUCAACUAGUUUAUUCUUGUAUUUUUCAUGUGUCCUUCUUCUGUUGAAAAACCGCAGAACCCACAAUUCCUUUAUUUGCUCUGACGAAGGGGUAACGCUCGAAACAUCAGCUAGAGAAUCUUUUACCAAACGAUCGUGUGAUGUUUGCCACUGACGUAGCACCUGUUAAACGAUAAAAAUAGAAAUAUAUCUAAUCUAAAAACAUUGUAAGAGUUUCCUCUAUUGGUGCUGGAAAAUGAAUGGAAAUAACAUAUUUGCAUAAGCCAUUCAGUAAACAUUGUAAUAGGCCAGUUGCUCAUUUCUUAUUCCUUUUGGCGGUCUCACCUUACAGGUAGAGUUUGGUCACCUUUUCCUUAUCGUGAUCGUGAAAUUGACAUGGAGACAGAUGUUUUUGUGUGAACGGCGUUUGCGGCUAAAUAUCGGUAUAUUUUCAUUAUGAUGCUAAAAAAAUAACUCAUUACUAAGAAAAUGACUCUACCCUAUAAAAAUUGAUCCCGUAUAGGAAUUUCUUGGAAAUAACCCUCCUUUAUACUUUUAUCCAUUAAAUACUCGUUUUCAGGCUAAAUCCAUGUCGCAUUCCCGAUCAAGAAAAUAGUUUUCAGUUUUUAAUUUAGCACGUUCGACACCUCUUUUUCUUAGAGGUGACUUAAAGUACUUUUCAUCUUCCGCACUGAAUUUGUAAUUAGAUAACUCAUACGACGAGUACGUAGCUCUUUUAGGGGCGGUACCUCGGGUACGCCCUUUCUUCUCCGAAUUUUAUGUUUAUUCUGCUGUUAUGCAACAGCCUUCAAGGACUAUUUUCUUUUAGGAUACCUUUUCAAGUAUGAUUUUAAUUCUGUUACUAAGUUUAUUAUAAUUUUUAUAUUGUCAAUCUUGUUUUUGUUUUGCCCAAACUUGACCGUAAGACCAAGAAAUUUAAGUUAGAAAUACAUUUUGUAAAGCGUAUACAUCGCGAAGGUAUCUACUUAGUAUGCAAACUCCGUUCUGCGUAGCCCAACGUGAUUCGCUAUUCAGAUGUAAAAACAUGACGAGGGUUAGAGAUUGACAGCUCAGUAAGUGUCACCUUUAUAAGCGGUGACCCACACUUUCCUCGAGAGAUCAGAGCUAGUCCCCGUUGUAAUGCCUUGAGUAGUAAGAGAGAAUAAAGAAAUAGACAAC